AUGAGCAAUUAUACACAAGCUCUUGACGUAGUUCCUUUAAAAAUUGGUAUUCCAUAUUUUGAGUAUGGAUAUAUACCAACUCAAUUUUUAGAUAAACCAAUGUAUGCAUGUGUCCAGGCUCUAUUAGAAUAUGGUGAAUCUCUCUGGUACUGGAUUGAUUUUGAACAGCGUUCUCCGCUAUAUCAAGACUAUGAAAAAUGGGUAUUAUUAUGGACGAAAGAACACCUCCGAGGUGAUAUGGUUGACUCAUGUUUUACUAUUCCAGAACCACAACAACGAUUCACAAUGUACUUGAAUGCAACAUCAAAUGUGACUUCCGAUUUAAAUAAACAUAGAGCUUUCAAUGUAAUUCAUGGAAUAUAUGUUGGAACUAUAGACGAAUUUGACCCAAGUCGAAAUAAUAAAAUAAUUUGGCCUGAUUCAAAUCGAGUGCCAGGAUAUCUUCAGAGUGAUUAUCAAUGCAGUGACGUGUAUACUGUUGCUGAAAAUGAUAUAGUUACGAUUCAUUAUCUGAUAUCUAACGUAUCUGGUUAUAUUCACAAAAUCACGAUACAAGAAGAUAGUAUAGAAUUUCCACUUUCUAAUUGGGAACAAGAUCGUCCAGAAUAUAUAGUUAAUGAAGAAUUACUUGAUGAAGGAGAAUCAUUUUUCCAAUUUACAGCUGCAAAAAAUAUGGAUAUACGAAUUUUUUUUUAUACUUUUGCUAAGGAAGAAUUUUAUUCACCUUCAGUGGGGGAAUAUGGGGGAAUAUUCAUAGUUACUACCCACCAAAUUAUUGAUGCUGAAUCAAAUUCUGAAACUCCUAAAACUAGAAUUGAAUCAUCUGAAGGGACAUAUCCAGCUUCAAUUCUUUGUCCACCUAUUUAUUAAUUUAUUCUUCAAUAAAUUAAAUAUUAUUUUAUCAGUGUUGAAUAUUAAAUAACGAUUAUACUUAAAAAUUUUAAUUUAAACUUUUGUCUGAAUAAAAAACAACAGUUGGUCUUUAAA